CGUACUGAGUAACAAGAUACAACAAAUAUACUCAAAGAAGAUAAGCAAACAAUAAAUAUAACUAAUACUGUUUGAGUUUCUUCCUCACCAACAAUCUUUGUUGAUAUUUCAUACCAUAUCAUUACCCUUUCAAAUAAUAUAUAUAAUUUUUUUAAAGUUGUUGAUGAAAGGUGAUUAACCCUUGUUAUCCAAUGGUUCACCAACGCUUAUUAUCCCAAGGGACCCACUCAGAAGAAAACAAUUUUUUCAAAGCGUUUGGUUCCAUAAAAAUAAAAAUCAAUUGCUUCUCCAGUUCUCCUUCACUUCAAUUCCCACACACACUCUUCACUCCCUCACAAAUGAGUAACUUCCUUCUUCCAAUCCCUGUUGACUCUUCUGUCUUCUGUUUAACUACCGUCUUCUGCCUCGGAUUCACGACUCGCUGAGUCUCCGCAACUCGGAACGAUUCCACCUAACGCCGAUUCUCACCGCAAUUCGGUUUGUUCGGAUCCGAUGGGUAGCAUCGUGGAAGACGCCGACACAGACACGGUGUAUGUGGCGGUCGGAAAGAACGCCGAGAAGACGCAGCAACUGUUGCAUUGGACGGUUAAGAAUUUCUCCGGCAAAGAAAUCUGCCUUCUUCAUAUUCACCAACCUCACUCUCUCAAUUCAUUCUCUGACAGAAAUCUCUCUGGGUAUGAACCAAAAGACCAUGCGAUCAAAGCAUUCCAGGAGCAUGGAAAUCAAAAAGUGCAUGAACUUCUAGACCAAUACAUUCUCACUCUGGUCCCAGCAGGGGUACGAGCCUACAAAUUGUUGAUUGAGAUGGAUGAUAUUGAGAAAGGAAUCACAAAAGCUAUUGCUCAACACAAUAUUAGAUGGCUUGUAAUGGGAGCAGCAGCAGCAGACGGAUAUAACUUGGGCAAACUGGCUAAGCAAGAGUCGGAGAAAGCUAUUUUUGUACGUGAACAAGCAUUGCUAUCCUGUAAUACGUGGUUCAUUUGCAAGGGUAACGUCAUAUGUAAUAGGGAAUAUAGUAAGCAUACUUCUGACAUAGAGACUGGCCCUGCACUGCUGGUGCUCAAUCAAAAUACAGAUGCCAAGCAAUCAGAAAAGAUCAAAUCAGAAUCGAUUCCUGAUGAUGCAUUGAAAUAUUUUGAUUUUGAUGAUAUGAAAGAGAUAAAAAGUGUCCAUUCCCACCAUUCCUUAAAUUCAAAAUGGCCGUUUAAUAAUGUCAUGCACAGGUCAAAAUUGGCAGAUAUGAUGUUUCAUGAGGAUGAAGAAUUUGAAAGCCAGUGUGCUAAGGAGAUCCAAAGAAGAAAAGAAGUUGAAGAACAAUUGGCAAGGGAAAAGCAAGAAGUACAGAAAAUGAAGAAUCAGCGAGAUGAAAUACUUGAAGAAUUGCAAAUGGUCCAAGACCAAAAUUCAGCACUUAUGAACCAAAUUUCUGAGUCCCAGUGUACGGAAACAGAGUUGGAGGAGAAGAUCAUAUCAGCUGUGGACCUCUUGAUAAGUUUCAGGGAACAGAGAGAUAGGCUUAGGAUAGAGCAUGCAAAUGCACUUAGGGAAGUAAAAGUGCUGAGAAGAUUUGGGGAAGCAGGUACUUCCUCUUAUCGGGUAGAAUUCCCUGCAUUUUCUUUUGUGGAGAUCAAUGAGGCAACUAAUGAUUUCGAUCCAUCUUGGAAGAUUGGAGAGGGAAGGUAUGGAAGUGUUUACAAGGGACUGCUUCGCAACAUGCAUGUUGCCAUAAAAAUGUUACCCUCUUAUGGUCAUCAGAGUGUAUUAGAGUUCCAACAUCAGGUAGAGGUCUUGAGUAGGGUAAGACAUCCAAACCUGUUAACACUAAUGGGAAGCUGUGCAGAGUCUAGGUCUCUUGUGUAUGAGUACAUAAACAAUGGCAGCCUCGAAAGCCAUCUAGCCCACAAAGAAAAGAAUCCACUUCCAUGGCAAAUUCGAAUAUCCAUUGCUACUGACAUAUGCUCUGCUCUAAUCUUCCUUCACUCUAGUGAGCCUUGUAUUAUCCAUGGGAAUUUGAAACCUAGUAAGGUUCUCCUUGAUGCCAACUUUGUUGCCAAACUCAGUGACUUGGGCAUUCCCAGUUUAGUCCAGCAAAGUUUGGAUUCAGCUGACACAAGCACAAUAUGUAAUAACCCAAAUGAAAGUUUGGCUUAUGUGGAUCCAGAGUAUUUUGUCACUGGCAAGCUUACACCAGAAUCGGAUGUAUAUUCUUUUGGAGUCAUAUUGUUACAACUUCUAACUGGAAGACCCCUUUUGGGGCUAGUUAGAGAUAUGAAAUGUGCAUUGGAAAAGGAAAAUUUUAAAGCAAUCUUGGACUUUUCAUCUGGUGAAUGGCCGCUUUUUCAAACCGAACAGCUGGCAUAUUUAGCAUUGAGGUGUUGUGAAAAGACUUGGUUGAACCGGCCAGACCUUGUGUCAGAAAUCUGGAGUGUUCUUGAACCAUUCAAAGCUACUUGCAUUGACACGUCACCACAUUUGAUUUCUAAGAAGCUUCGUCGUGUUCCUUCCCAUUUUGUGUGCCCCAUUGUCCAGGAAGUAAUGGAAGAUCCAUACAUAGCUGCAGAUGGCUUUACGUAUGAAGAAGAGGCAAUAAGAGGAUGGUUGAAUAGUGGCCACGACACUUCCCCCAUGACAAACCUCAAAUUAGAUCACACAGAUUUGGUACCUAACUAUGCUCUACAUAAUGCAAUUCUGGAGUGGCAGCAACAGUGAUUCAGUGAACCUUCAAUGUCCAUUACACUUGCACAUAUUACACUGGCGUAAAUCAUACUUGUCCUGUAAAAAAAUAAAAAUCUAGAAUGAGCAAGUAAGGGUGUAUUUACACUUGAAUUUAGUAAGUUAAAAUUAUAAUGCCUUUUAAGAUCACAAUACACCCUUACAUACUUAUUUUAGAAGCUUAACUAUAGAAGAGUCAUGUCUGAUAGCAAGUUCGGGUGGAGAAGGGGGUAAAGAGGGAAAAGGAAAUUUCUAAUUAAACCUUUCCCUUGUUUGAGAGCUUUCUAAAAUUAGGAGCGAGUAAGGGUGUAUACUUGAAUUUUAGUAAGUUAAAAUUAUAAUGCUUUUUAAGAUCACAAUACACCCUUACAUACUCAUUUUAGAAGCUUAACUUUAGAAGAGUCAUGUCUGAUAGCAAGUUCGGAUGGAGAAGGGGUAAAGAGGGAAAAGGAAUUUUCUAAUUAAACCUUUUUAAGAUCACAAUACGCCCUUACAUACUCAUUUUAGAAGCUUAACUUUAGAAGAAUCAUGUCUGAUAGCAAGUUCGGAUGGAGAAGGGGGUAAAGAGGGAAAAGGAAUUUUCUAAUUAAACCUUUCCCUUGAUUGAGAGCUUUCUAAAAUGAGGAAUGAUCAUGUAAAUAAAAAACCUUAUUUAUUUUUAUGAACAUUUUAAUAUUAAAGUUCUCCAAAAUCUAAAGAUUAAUAUGUAAACUAGUUGAAUAAAACAUAUUAUUUGAUUUCA